AAUAACRAAAUUACUUUGAAUUUGGUAGAAAAGUGAAGAAUUUGAUUGGUUGAUGAUUUGACGGCCGCGUAGGAUGACAGCUGUGUUCACGUGACAGGUCAAUGUCGAUGUAUUUAAAGCCAACGCUUGCGCCGUCGAGCCAUUCAGUAGUACACGUGAAAUGACGGUUAAUAAAGUAUYAGUCGGUAACGAGCAAAUGGCUGAAGAAAUUGCAACCAAACUAGAAGAUUCAGCCACUGACAGGGUUACCGAUGGCGUUGCUGGUACACCGAAAGAGGCCGCACUUAGAGCUUUAAUGGAACGAACCAAAUACCCAAUAAGACAGUGUAAUGGUCAACGACGAUACGGACCACCUCCUGGCUGGGGAGAUAGACCCUCACCUCCACGAGGAUGUGAGGUCUUUGUAGGGAAAGUUCCUCGCGAUCUUUAUGAAGAUGAAAUUGUACCAGUCUUUGAGAAACUGGGUAAGAUUUAUGAAGUAAGAUUAAUGAUGGAUUUUAACGGCCAAAACCGUGGCUAUGCAUUCGUUGUUUACACAAACAAGGAGGACGCGAAGAGAUGUGUAAAGACUUUGAACAAUUAUGAAAUACGUAAAGGCAAGUGCAUCGGGGUUUGUUCUUCUGUCGAUAACUGUAGAUUAUUCGUCGGUGGAAUCCCCAAGAAAGUUAAAAAGGAUGAGAUCUUCGCAGAGGUUUCUAAAGUCACCGAAUGUGUUGUGGAUGUUAUUGUGUAUCCCUCGGCGCAAGACAAGACGAAGAAUAGAGGGUUCGCCUUUGUGGAGUAUACUAGUCACAGGGACGCAGCUAUGGCCAGAAGAAAACUUAUGAGCGGUAAAAUACAACUUUGGGGACACCAGAUCGCUGUGGAUUGGGCCGAACCUGAACAAGAAGUCGACCAAGAUAUUAUGGAUCAGGUGAAAGUUCUAUAUGCAAGGAAUCUUUUAUUAAGCACGACCGAGGAAACAAUAGAAGAAUGCUUCAGUAAAUUUGGCGAAGUGGAACGAGUAAAAAAGAUCAAAGACUACUGUUUUAUACAUUUUAGAACAAGAGAACAAGCAAGAGAAGCCAUGGAAGAGAUGAACGGAAGUAAGAUUGAUGGUAAUGAAAUAGAAGUGACCCUGGCCAAACCUGUGGAUAAAGACCAUCGCCAGGCAAAAUUAGCUGCCAAAGCAGUGAUGUCAGCAUAUAACUUCAUGCCAUAUGAUUAUCCACCAGCAUUCGUGUUCCCUUAUAACAGUCCAUACAUGACAAUGCCUCCUCCUCCUCCUAUGACAAAUGGUGUUGGUAGAGCUGCUGCUUCUGCUGUUGGUGGUACAGGUCGCUCAAGGGGGCGUGGCCGUACUGCUGCUGGCAGCCGGUCGGCAGGAAACAAAUACUACUUCCCAGGAAGCCCUUUAAUGUUUAAAGGUUACUAUGGCAACCCUCCGGGUAGACCUGGUUACUAUGGUGAUGGAGCAAGAAAGGGACAAGGACAAGAGGAACCCAUGUAUGACCUGUUGCCAGGAAUGGAGCUCACACCAACAAACCCUUUGACUCUCAAACCCAAUGCUCUGAAAUCACCAGCACAGAUUCUAGAAGAUGUUUGCCAAAAGAACCAAUGGGGAGCACCAGUUUACACACUGCACAGUACAGUAGGACAACAAGAUUUGCAGCUCUUCAUGUACAAGAUAUCCAUUCCAAACCUUAAUUCAACGUAUCAACCACCAAAGCUUUGCCGUAGCGUUGACGAUGCCAAGAACUAUGCAGCAGAUUAUGCACUGCAACAAUUGGGAGUGCCGUUAGAUGCCCAGGACAUACCAGUUACUACUGUAACCCAGGUGGCUUCUACGGUAGCAUACCAAGCCCGCCCUAUGGCGCCAGGCCCGGUCUACAGUAUCCACAAUAAUAUUCGUACAAUGAAUGCCAAUGACACUAAUUCCUAUACAUCAGGGUUCGUACCAAUGAGCCAAGCACCAAGUAGUCCGGGGGGAGCAGUGGUGGCAAAAAUGUGGCCAGGGGGGGUACCCCCGACUCAAGAUGGUGUUUAUGGUAACUACGAUGGAUACGCAGAACAGGGGGGUUACCCUCAAAAUAUAUAUCAAUAUUAACAAUUAUUAGAUGUUAUUAGAAUUAUACAUAUAUCCGUUGGUGGAUGUUUUUAUUUGUAGAUUUCAGUCGCGUAAAUUGUCUUAGUUCUUAGUCUAUUUCAUUUUUAAAUAGCUUACGCUAAUACUACGUUCGUGUUCUUAACCUGUUUUAUUUUUCGAAUUCAAAUGGCUUUGAGCCAGGACAAAAAUCUGCCUUCUGAAAUUCAUGCGAGUCUUGUAAGUAAAUACCUUUCAAAGUUAUUCAAGUAUGUGCUAAAACAUGACACAGUAGUCUAAGUAGAUGUGUGUAUGAAAGGAGUCACAUUUGUCACGAUAAUCACUUGUAUUACGUGAUGGUUGACGUUAAGCGUGAACGUGAGGUUAUUACAUGUGCAAGAGGAUGGUAGCUAUUGCACAUAUAAGAAAAUGUUGACACCUUCGAGAUGUUUUUCAGCAAAUACUGUAGAUAUUACAUUCGUUCAUUUUUUCAAAAUGCCCUCAGAAUCAAUUCCUUGAGUCGACCAUGUGUUAGAUGGACUAAAUUGUGAUUGGGAUGUGUGCGUAAUUGAACUCAUGCGAAAGAGAGAAUAAGGCAGUUUUUCGAGGAGAGCAAUGGUAUUUGUUAUUUAUAAGACCGAAUUGGAACUUCUACAUUCAUGCGUUUGUUAAUAACGUCACAAGAAAUAUAUUUUAUUCUACAGUUGUCAAGUCAACAAUUUUACGUUUUAUGUCAAGGUAAAAUACAAAAAAAUAGUUUGUACAAUGUACUGUUAUUAGAUCAUUGGAUAUUUAUAGAAGUGCUUAUCUGCCACGCAAAGAAAGAAUAAGAAUUUGAAUUCCCAAGAGAAUGUGUCAAUAUGGUUACUAUGGUUAUUAGUGAAGAUAUUUCCAGGCUUCUGUUUGCGUCCAAUGGCAUCAUGGCGAUGUGGCUUAUUUUCACUUGCUCUCUUACAACUGGACAUCAUUUGUAAAUACAAUUUGAAUCAGAAAAACAACUUGGCUGCUAUGCUAAGCUACUAUGGCAGUUGUACAUGAAAUAGAGUGUGGUUGUCAUGGAGACAAGUCUUUCACAUCAAUACAAACAAAUUCUAAAAUUUAGUUUCAAAAAACGUUCAAUAACUUGAAUUACUAAAUUUUCAAUGUUCAAAACAAAGAAAAAAAGUUUUACUGAAAGCAACAAAACACUUCAAGAAUGAAUCGGUGCCAAAACAUCUUCUGAUUAACUUGAAUUAAAGUGGAAUGACCACGUGACCAGGGCUGUGUGACUGGUAAUCAGUGGCCACGUAAAAAGCGUCCUGUUUCCUAUAGGAUAAUUCACAUACGUUAUCGCCGCCACGUUGAUUCAAUCCAUUUCAUUUGAGCUUGCAAAUAAGAGCAUAGAAAUGAUUAUUCGUUUCCUUACCCAGAAAACGUGGCGGUGAUGACGUCAUGUGAUAAAAUAGAAUGUUAGUGACUAUUAUGGUCUAGUGUAGUGCAUGAAUUAUUGUAGUUUAUUGAUUGUUAUUAGUAAUUAUCGUUUAUGUUCCUAAAAAUAUAGAGAAUAAGGUUUUUUAAAGAUAGCUAAACUACCUUGUUCCAACGAAAAGUAGGUAUAGCUCAAAACAAUCUAUGUUAAGCAUUGAUUAGAAAAGUAAUCUUAUCUUAUCUAUCAUUAUUGUCCACGGUACGAAUAAUACAAUAAACAAAUAUUUUGGUACCGA